AUGCCCAUCCCAUACCAAGUCGCAUUCAAGCCAUUGACCAAGCCCAAAGUGGGUGAGAAUGGCUAUGUUGAGCCUUCUCCCGGGAAGUCCGAGGUGCUAUCCAAGGGCUCUGCACCCUUCUCCGCUAGAAAGCUGGAUUCAGACAUUCGGAUCGAUCAUGACAUCGAGAUCACUGUUCGUGACGGCUGCCGACUCUUCGCCGACAUCUACCGACCGACGAAUGACGACAAGGUGCCUGUGAUUAUAUCAUGGUCACCAUACGGCAAGAAAUACUCUGCACUUCACAUGAUCUUCAAUGUUUGCAACUGGGCAUGUUGUCUUGAGCGUGGAGAUGUGAGCGGAUUGGAAAAAUUCGAAGGCCUGGACCCGGCUUGGUGGGUAGCACGAGGUUACGCCAUCGCCAGUGUUGAUUCUCGAGGAGCUGGUAACAGCGAUGGCGACACAACUUGUAUGGGAAGGCAAGAAGCUGAAGAUGCACACGACGUGAUUGAGUCUCUGGCAAAGCUGGCAUGGUGUAAUGGCAACGUCGGUAUGGCUGGUAAUUCAUACCUCGCCAUCAUGCAAUGGCACGCCGCUGCUCAGAACCCACCAUCGCUCAAAGCUAUUGCACCUUGGGAGGGGUCCGGAGAUAUCUUUCGGGAACAAUUCUGUCGAGGCGGAUGGUUCAACAUGAGCAACUAUGAUUUGAUCACCAAGUUGGUCAUCAAGGGAAACUCCAGGGUUGAGGACAUUGCGGAGAUGUAUCGCCGCAAGCCACAGUCCAGCAUUUACUGGUCUGACAAGCGUGUUGACAUGAAGAAGAUCAACAUCCCGUGUUUUAUUACGGGAUCCGACUUCAGUCAGAUUCACACCAUGGGUGCCAUCCGAGGAUGGAUGGAAGUCAACACAGACAAGAAGUGGAUUAAAUGGAGUGGAUAUCAAGAGUGGUUCGAGCUUUACGCGGUUCCCGAAAGUUACCUAGAGCUGAAGGAAUUCUUCGACAAAUACCUUAGAGGUAUCGAUAACGAUUGGGAAAACACUCCCAAGGUACGCUGGACAACUCUUCCCUUUGGAGACAAAAACGUCACCAGCGACAUCAUCCUACCUGACUUCCCUGUUCCAAACACCGAAUACCGAUCCCUAUAUCUGACUUCAGGCGAUGGCCUCUCUCCAAACCUUCCAAGUCACAGUGGUACCGCUGUGCAUGACUCGGAAGACCGAUGGUCCAUCUCCAAGUUCAAGUACACCUUUUCUCAACAGAGCCGCCUCCUCGGCCUCCCCAAGAUCGAGCUAUUUAUGAGCUGCACAGCUCUGGAUGACAUGGUAGUCUUUGUGCAACUGCGCAAGCUCAGCAAAGAUGGGAGAGAGCUUGGACAGUUGCAGUUUCCCUUUAGUCGCGCCCCCGUGGAUUCUAUGGACGAAAUUGAGGAGAAAGACAGAGUUAGCUUGACUACCCACAACGGCUCUAUCGGUAUCUUGCGUGCUUCCCAGCGAAAGAUCGACCCCCAUCGAUCGAUUCACCCUCAGUUUCCCUUCCAUCCUCAUGAUGAAGUCCAAAAGGUGCCGAAGGGCGAGAUAGUCAAGCUGGAAAUUGGUAUCUGGGCCAUGGGAGUCGACUAUGAGGAGGGGGAGAGUAUUCAGGUGGAUAUAUUAGGCCAGUAUCCCGGUUUCACUGAGGUUGCUGCUUUCUCUAAGCCUAGACCCGAUUACGAGAAGAACAAAGGUGAGCACACUGUUCACUUCGGCGGCGAGUUCCCCAGUCGAGUCAUUCUGCCCUUUGUGCCACUCUAG